AGACUUCAAGGAAGGUUUAAUUUACCAGAACUUGCACAAGAUGGAGACAUCAUCAUUGGUGGAAUUUUUCCCAUUCACUACCGAGGAGAGCUUCCAAGAACUUCCUACCAAACUCAGCCAGAGACUCCGAGGUGUAUAGAUUUUAAUCUGAGGGCUUUUCGCUGGGCUCAGUUGAUGGUCUUUGCUAUUGAAGAAAUUAAUAAUGACCCUACGCUUCUUCCCAAUAUCACGUUGGGUUAUAAGGUUUAUGAUUCCUGUGCCACUCCAGCAUUGGCUCUUAGAGCGGCCCUGACAAUUCUCAAUGGUCAAGAGGAAAAUAUGACACUCUUGAGAUGUAAUGGAGGCUCUUCAGUGCAUGCACUUAUUGCCGAUGCUGGCUCAACACAAUCCAUAGCAAUCGCCAGGACAACGGGGCUUUUUGAAAUACCAAUGAUUAGUUAUUUUUCUUCGUGCAUGUGCCUGAGCAAUAAAAAGGAAUUCCCAACCUUCUUCCGAACUGUACCCAGCGACUACUUUCAGGUCACAGCGUUUGUGCAGCUGGUGAAACAUUUCGGCUGGACCUGGCUGGCGUCAUUUGGAUCCGACGAUGAUUACGGCCGCUUGGGAGCUUCAGCCUUCGUGGAGCAAGUGACGAAAAUUGGAGCCUGUGUUGCUUUUUCUGAAUUUCUUCCCAAGGUUAACGACAGGGAGAAAAUCUUGCAUCAAGUUGAGCUCAUUAAAAAGUCAAACGUCAAAGUUAUUCUUGUCUUUGCUCCUGAGAUAGAUCUGAACUUCUUGGUCCAAGAGCUUGUGCGCCAGAAUGUCACCGGAUUGCAAUGGUUGGCGAGCGAAGGCUGGAGCACAGCAGCACUGCUCUCAGCAGCAGCCAAUUCCAAGACUAUGGGUGGGACUUUGGGUUGGGCAAUUCGUAGGGUUGAUAUUCCAGGAAUUAAACAGUUCCUGGUCAGGCUCCAUCCAUCUAAGUAUCCGGGCAAUGAGUACAUUAAGCAGUUUUGGGAAGCCGUGUUUCAAUGCACAUGGACAUCAUACAACAGCACAGGAGAAACAUGGUUUGGGCCUUGGAAGCAUGAGUGUACUGGGCAAGAAGAUUUAAAAGAUGUGCAUAACGCAUUCACUGAUGAAUCACAAUUGAGAGUUUCAUAUAAUACUUAUAGAGCUGUUUAUGCUGUGGCCAAUUCCAUCCAUAAUAUGUUACAGUGCAAAAAAGGCCAAGGACCAUUUGUCAAUAAAACAUGUCCGGACAUUUCAAAAAUUAAACCUUGGCAGGUCCUGCAUUACUUAAAGAGGGUGAAAUUCACAACUGCGUUUGGAGAUGAAGUGAGAUUUGAUGUCAAUGGUGAUCCUCUAGCAGCCUAUGAUCUCCUGAACUGGCAGCAGGCCCCAGAUGGGAACAUUAAGUAUGUUAAAGUUGGCCAGUAUGAUGCAUCUAGCAGUCCAGGGAACCAACUUCUUAUAGAGAAGGAAAGUAUAAUGUGGAGUGGAGGACAAAAAAUGGUCAUCACAGCAAAGUGCAGUGAAACUUGUCUACCUGGAACAAGAAAAGGAGCCAGACUAGGGCAGCCAAUUUGUUGUUAUGACUGUAUACCCUGUGCUGAAGGUGAAAUUAGUAAUCAAACUGAUUCAGUGGACUGCUUGGCAUGUCACUCAGAUUACUGGCCAAACCUAAAAAGAGACAAAUGUAUCCUCAAGAAAAUUGAAUUUUUGUCAUUUGGAGACACCAUGGGGAUCAUACUAACAACAUUGUCCUUAUUUGGUGCUUGUCUAUCAAUGGCUGUUACUGCUGUUUUCUACCAUUACAAGAAUACCCCUAUUGUCAAAGCAAACAAUUCUGAGUUAAGCUUCCUUCUUUUAUUUUCAUUGGUACUCUGCUUCCUCUGCUCUCUUCUCUUCAUGGGCCAACCAACAAUCAGGUCCUGCAUGUUGCGACAUACAGCAUUUGCCAUUAUAUUUGUGCUUUGUAUUUCUUGCAUCCUUGGGAAAACAAUCAUGGUAUUAAUGGCAUUCAAUGCAAGGCUUCCAAAUAAUAAUGUGGUGAAAUGGUUUGGCCCUUUACAGCGAAGACUUUCCAUAUUUUUUCUGCCAGCAAUUCAAGUUGUGAUAUGUAUUCUUUGGUUGAACUUAUCGCCCCCAUAUCCUGCAAAAAAUAUUGAAUAUCAAAGUGCAAUCAUUAUAUUAGAAUGUAAUGUGGGGUCAACAACAGCCUUUUAUUCCGUGUUGGGCUACAUAGGUUUACUAUCUGUCAUGUGCUUUGUUCUUGCAUUUCUAGCGCGUGAGUUGCCAGAUAACUUCAACGAAGCAAAGUUUAUCACCUUCAGCAUGCUGAUUUUCUGUGCCGUUUGGAUAACUUUCAUUCCAGUCUACAUCAACUCUGGAAAGUACAUAGUAGCUGUUGAAAUAUUUGCAAUAUUGUCUUCCAGUUUUGGUUUGCUUACCUGUAUAUUUGCUCCUAAGGUUUACAUCAUUCUAUUGAGACCAGAACUGAACACCAAGAAAAAUCUAAUGGGCAGGCCACCCUCUAACAGAUCUUGA